GGACCGAACCUGUGUCCUGGUGCUGCAGAGGUAUUGCCAAUCUCGUUGCGCCACAGCGGGAACUUCAAACCCUCCCUUGACUGAGCCAGUGGGGAAGGCCUUGGAGCCCAGGGCCGCCCCCACCUCUGCCGCUCACGGUGCCUCCGCGGCCUCGCCCCCGCCCUUCCCUGGCGGCCUCUGCUGAGGGCCCUUUAGGCGUCAGGGGUCCCUGUCCCGGGGAAACAGGGCAUCUCCCGUCCUGGUGAAAGAUGAGCCCGAGGCACCCCCGACCCUGGCACUGGGGCCGGACCGAGGCCCGUCUGUCCAGCUCCCUCCAGCCUCCGCGGGGGAUGCUCUCUGUCCGCCCGGCCCAGCUGCUGCGCCAGCCUGGCACGCUCCAGGCAGGGCUGGCCCGAGGGCUUGGGCUUCCUCCUGCGCCUGUGACGACACACUCCAGCCUGCACUGUGCUCCUUGCUCGUCUCGUCGGCAGCCUGUGUGGGGCCCCGGAGCCGGCUUUUCAGUGUGUGAACACGGGGCGUGUGUCCCAGUGGCUGCGAGCGAGCGAGGGGGCGGUGAGCCGGCCGCGCAGGUCCUGCGGCCUCAGGCCUCCUCGUUGCCCAACAGGCGGCGGGGGGCGGGCCCCGGCCGCAGAUUAAAGGCCGCCUGGAGCGGCCCGUGCAGAGACAGGUGCCCAGCAGCCCAGGAAGCCGGCCCGCGCCCGCCCCAGCAGGAGGCUUCGCCGUCCCUGUGAGAACGUCAACCAUGGCCGAGGCGCCUCGGGCUGAGACCUUCGUCUUUCUGGACCUGGAAGCCACUGGGCUCCCCAGCGUAGACCCCGAGAUCGCCGAGAUCUCCCUGUUUGCCGUCCACCGCUCCUCGCUGGAGAACCCGGAGCGGGAUGAGUCCGGCGCCCCCGUGCUGCCCCGGGUCCUGGACAAGCUCACGCUCUGCAUGAGCCCGGAGCACCCCUUCACCGCCAAGGCCAGUGAGAUCACCGGCCUGAGCAGCGAGGGCCUGGCCAGGUGCCGGAAGGCCGGCUUCGACGGCGCGGUGGUGCGGACGCUGCAGGCCUUCCUGAGCCGCCAGGAGGGCCCCGUGUGCCUCGUGGCCCACAACGGCUUCGACUACGACUUCCCCUUGCUGCGCACGGAGCUCUGGCGCCUGGGCGCCCGCCUGCCCCAGGACACUGUCUGCCUGGACACGCUGCCGGCGCUGCGGAGCCUGGAUCGUGCCCACAGCCACGGCACCCGGGCCCAGGGUCGCAAGGGUUACAGCCUGGGCAGCCUCUUCCGCCGCUACUUCCAGGCAGAGCCCAGCGCAGCGCACUCGGCCGAGGGCGACGUGCACACCCUGCUCCUGGUCUUCCUGCACCGCGCCGCUGAGCUGCUCACCUGGGCCGACGAGCAGGCCCUCAGCUGGGCCCAGGUUGAGCCCAUGUACGUGCCGCACGAUGGCCCGGGCCUCGAGGCCUGAGCCAGGGGCCCGGUGACGCUGCCACCCAGGGCAAUGAGGCCUGCUCCCUGCAGCACAGGCACCUCGUGUCCCGCAGCUGGCACCGGACCAGUGCCUCGCUCCCGAGCGUUCUCUCAGCUGGGCAGCCGGGCCCCGUGCACCUGCUGGGCUUUCCCCAGGCUGCAGCCGGACUGGCCUCGCAGCCCUGGAGCCUCCCCACCGCCCAAGCUCUGGUGGAGUUUGCCGCACCCACGCCUCCCCCAUCUUUCAAUAAACAUCGGCGACAACUGC